AGAGGUCUCUGGUGUCUCACAGAUGGAUGACUCAGGUGAGAAGAAACUGGCACUCUUCGAUGUCGGGCAGUGCAAAGAAGCCUACCAAAUGGGCUUCCUAAUAGGGCAGAGAUUCUCAGAUCUGAUUCAAAGCAGGGUGGCCACUGACCUCAUCCUUCAACAGCAGCUCCUCCCUUUCGCCGGCACCGCAGAGGCUCAGCUGCUCAUUGAAGCACUCUGCACUGCUAAUAGACAGAUGUUUCCAAGAUACUGGGAUGAACUGUUAGGAACAGCUGCAGGGAGCGGCAUCCCAAUUAUCCAUAUAAUAUUGCUAAAUUUUAGGAAGGAAAUACUUCCCUUUAUUCUGAAGAAAGAAGACACUCAAGAAGAAGUGACUGAUGAUGACUGUUCAGAUGUUCUUGUGGUAAAUGACUCCAUGGCCAUUGCCGCACACAACGAAGAUGCAAACAUAGCUUUAAUCGGUCACACCUAUUUGGUGAGGGCCAUGCUGCCGAAUGGAGUAUCAUUCACUGCUUACACUUAUGCUGGCGAGCUUCCAACCUGUGCGUUUGGCUUCAACAGCUGUGGCUUGGCAUUCACACUUAAUUCAGUGCCUCCAACGCGAGAGGAAAUCAUCGCAGGAGGUAUCGGACGUAAUUUUAUAUCACGAGAUCUUCUGGAAGCCACUGGCCUUGGUGAUGCCUUGAAUAGACUUCACUCAUCCAAUGCUUCUGUUGGACACAGCUAUAACUUGGUGGAUGUCAGAAGCCGCAGAAUUGUAAAUGUAGAAACAGCAUCUGGCAAACGCUGUUUGGUUCAUGAGGUUGGGAGAACACCUGUCUUCCAUGCAAACAUGUACCUCCACCUUGAAGUACAGCAGGUACAAGAUGAGAACUCUAUCAGCAGACAGAACAGGGCAGCUCAACUUUCAGCAGACUCAAAAGAAAAAGUACUCUCAAUUCUUGGAGAUUGUGUGGAUAAAAAAUAUCCCAUCUACAUGACAGGUGAUUCAAUUUGGGGUCUUCCCCACAAAUAUAAUCCUUCAAGUGUGUCCUCUGUUCCACUUGAUUCAGAUUACUUCUACCCAUUUCAGGUCCAACAUUAUAUACUCUUUGCACAGCACUGAUUGAUCUGGAUGAACAAACAAUCACCAUAUAUGAAGGCAACCCAGAGAAAAAACUUGUAUCUUAUGCUCUUCCAGUAUUCUAGUAGAAGAAGCCCUUGCUAGCCACAAUAAAAUUAUUAAUCUGACUGCUGCUGAGAACUCAAAAUUUAUACCAUAUCAGGAUUUUAAUCUUA